AUGGCGCCAGCUGCGAUCGUCCCGGUCCAAGACGCGCUCUCCGCGCCGCUGAAGAACCACCCCAAACUUGUGGCACCAGAGCCUGAACAUUGUCCAGGGCCUGAAUCAGAGGCUGCGGGGAAAGGUUCGGCAUGCGAUGGCUGCCCAAACCAGACUAUCUGUGCAUCUACACCGAAAGGACCUGAUCCUGACAUCCCCGUCAUCACCUCCCGUCUCGCUGGCAUCAAGCACAAGAUACUCGUCCUUAGUGGCAAAGGUGGAGUGGGAAAAUCUACAUUCACGACCAUGCUUGCGCAUGCAUUUGCAACCGACGAAGACUCAGUGGUAGGCAUUAUGGAUACAGAUAUCUGUGGGCCUAGUAUACCAAAGAUGAUGGGAGUAGAGACGGAAACAAUACAUGUCAGCAAUGCAGGCUGGAGUCCGGUAUGGGUCGCAGAUAAUUUGGGUGUGAUGAGUGUGCAAUUCAUGCUGCCUUCAAGAGAUGAUGCAGUGAUUUGGCGGGGACCAAAAAAGAAUGGCUUGAUCAAACAAUUUUUGAAGGAUGUGGAGUGGGGCGAGAUGGACUACUUGCUUGUGGAUACACCGCCUGGGACGAGCGAUGAGCAUCUGAGCGUCAACUCAUAUCUCAAAGAGUCCGGCGUUGAUGGAGCUGUGGUUGUCACUACUCCACAGGAAGUCAGUUUAUUGGACGUAAGGAAAGAGAUCGACUUCUGUCGCAAAGCUGGCAUUAAAGUCCUGGGAAUUGUGGAAAAUAUGUCAGGCUUUGUCUGCUCGAGCUGCAAGCAUCGGAAUCAGGUCUUCAAGGCCACGACUGGAGGUGCUAAAGCGUUAGCAGCGGAAACUGGGAUCUCAUAUUUAGGAGCUGUACCACUGGACCCACGUAUCGGGAUGGCGUGUGACUAUGGCGAGAGUUUCUUCGAUGCCUUCUCCGAUAGCCCUGCCUGCACUGCUCUGCUUAAUGUUGUGCAAAUGGUCAAAGAAGAAGUUAUGACCAAGUCCAACGGGAGAGGCUGA